AUAGUCGAAACCGCUGCUACUGUCUCUUUAAAUUUACCCAGGAGCCCCUUAAGGAGCCCCAGGGGCCCCUAGUCCGGCUCCCCACCCUGAAGACAAGCAGGAGCCUUAAAAUCCACGAGAGUCGGCCUUCCUAGCUGAGCAGCACCGAGUGUCCACGGGCGGAUAUACUGUACACGCGUGCGUGAUUGUAUUAAAAAGUUAACUUGGCGGCUCCCGUGCGGGGCGCGUGCGGGGGGGGAGAAGGCAGGCAGAGCCCGGCUCCUCUCCUCCUCUCCUCGGCCAUGAGCACCGGCCAAAUGCGUGUGUCGAGCGGCCGCCGAGCGAACACGUUAGUGGCGUUAACAUGUUGUUGAGGUGGUGCUUGUGUGCGUGACUAGACCCGCUUCGGCGCUACGGUAACCGAGACGGAAGGAGGAGGAGGAGGACGAGGAGGCGGUGUGUGAGGAGUAGCCGGGGCCGGUGAUGGAAGAGCCAGAGCCCGGGGAGCUCCGGAGCUCCGAGCAGCCGGAGCUGCUCUCAUUAAUAAUAAGCGGCGGAGAAGAAGAGGAAGCGACGCCGGAGCGGAGUGACUGUAGAGGUAAAGAAGAGGAGGCUCUUGCUAACGGCCAUGUUGUGGAGGAAUCAGGUGCUAACCCCGCGCUCACACCGGUCAAAUCUCCAGGAACCAGCUACUGGAGCAUCACCGAGGGCCCCGACCACCCGCUCCUCCUCUCCCCGGCCCCGGGGCCCUCUGCACAGAAGCCCAAAGUCCAGAAGGCGUCGCGUCCCGGCCUCAGCCGCAUCCCAGGUCGCGACCACCGCCGCUACUACCACGAGUACUGGCGCAGCGAGUACCUGAUGGACUUUGACCCCCAGAGGCACGGCAUGAUAUGCAUGGUGUGCGGCAGCUCGCUGGCCACGCUGAAGCUCAGCACCAUCAAGAGGCACAUCAAGCAGAAGCAUCCGGACUCGCUGCUGUGGAGCGCCGCCGACAAGGAGGUGAUCCGCUCGGGCUGGGAGAGUCACCUGAACCUGGCGGGGAGUCAGAUGUCGUACAGCUCUGAUGCUGCUGGACCUCCAGCUCAGGAAGACGAGGAGGAGGAGGAGCAGCUGGACUCAGGCGGCCACACUGCUGCAGAACCUCAGGACCUUGUGGCUCCACAGGAGCAGCCACAACAAACCCUCAGUCUGUCUCCAAAGUCUGAGGAGGUUGAGGUCCCGCAGCCACAGGAUGAGCAGCAGGAUGAGGAGCAGGAUGAGGAGCAGGAGCCGCAGGAUGAGGAGCAGGAGCAGGAGCAGGAGCAGGACCUUGCUGGACCAUCAGCUCAGACUCUGGAGCGCUACCUGAACGACUCGCUGCACGCCUGGUUCCGCCAGGAGUUCCUGAUGGAGUACGAGUCGGACGCCAACCGGCUGCUGUGCAUGGUGUGUGGAGGAGAGCUGCCCUCGCUGCACCUCAACCACAUCAAGAGCCACGUGUUGGACACCCACCCAAACUCCCUGGUGUACAGCGCCGAGGAGAAGCACUGCAUCCUGCAGGCGUGGGCUCAGGCUCAUGAAGAGUCCGAAAACUCAAUCAAAUCAGAGCCCAGCACCAAAGACGGCGGCGUGGAUCUAUUAGCUCAGGACGCGGAGGACGCUCAAAUGGACAUGGACUCGUACCCGCAAAGCGACGGCGCCUCAACUCAGGACACGUGUCUCAUCGGCGAGGACGGCGGCGUCGGAGCGCCGCUCCGCCAGAGCAGGAGGAAGCGGCUGCGCGGCGGCGACCCGUGGCAGCUCCGCCUCGACUACAUGGUGGCCUACGGGCCGCAGGGCCAGGACACGUACUGCAUGGUGUGCUCUCAGGUCCUGCACGAGACCAAGGUCAGCAGCUUCCGACGCCACAUCCAGGAGAGUCACCCCGAGACACUCGCGCUGAGUCAGCAGGACAGAGAAGCCAUGGCUGCUGCCUGGACCAAAGAUUACUCCAGUGAAGGCGUGCAGAGCCAAGAUGCAGAAAUCAACUCUGCGGCCGCAGGCGAGACGAACGACGACUCCUGUUCCGACGUCACAACGCCCACUAAGACGGUAAAGAGGGAGAGGGGUCGAGGGGGGACGCCGUCGCGCCACAGCCAUUACCCCGGCAAAGACCAGCGGAGGAACUACCAGGUCCGCUGGAGGAUGGAGUACCUGAUGGACUACGACUCGGGCAGACACGGGCUGAUCUGCAUCGUGUGCGGCGCCACCCUGGCCACGCUGAAGGUCAGCACCAUCAAGCGGCACAUCCAGCAGGUCCACCCGUACUCGCUGCAGUUCAGCCCCGAGAAGAAGCAGCAGGCCCUGCUCAGCUACAACCAGAGCGGCGUGCACGUCCUCCACUUUGACGACUGCUUCUCCUCGCAGGACUUCGGACACACCGAGCUGGCCCCGAGUCCGACGCAAGUCGACGCGUAAAA